AUGGAUAAUUCUCUGUCGUAUUUCGACGAUUUUACAAAAAUUCCAUUUUCUUUAAUGGAUAUCCUCCAACUAGAAGUACAAAACACUUCAAAAGUGAACCAAACUUUAAUGCAAAGAACACAAAUCACAUUCAAGAAAAUCUACUACUGGGCAUUAGUAAUCAGCAUGAUAUUUUCCAUCACACUAAGUGCAAAGGCUUUAAUAUUUUGUGACCCAUAUGACAUGCAAAAAUUCACGCUAGACAUCAAUUUGUCAAUAUCUAUGACAACGGUUAUGGUGAAGGCAAUUAUGCUUUAUUCCAAUGCAAAAAAUAUUAUUGAAAUUGCAGACGAUCUCAAACGAGGUUAUACGAAUCAGGAACAAGUCAGAUAUGGCAUAAAAAACUACACAAAUAAAGUCAGAACAUUCAACAAAAUCUAUUCAGGAUUUUGGGCAACGCCGUUUUUAAUUCAGUUCACAUUAGUGCUUGUGAUUCUUGUUGUGACUGGACAGAAGACUUUUCCAUUUUUCAUCGAGUUUCCGGACUUUUUUCAUCCACAAAAUAAUUUUGUAUAUCCAAUUUUGUAUAUUUUUGUGGUUUGGUCUUUGACGUCUCCAGCUAUGGUCAUGGUGUCUUUUGACUUGUCAUUCUUUAAUAUUUUAACAGCAAUUUCCAUGGAAUUUGAUAUUCUCACAGAAGACGCGAGAAACUUAAAGAAGUUAUUAAAAUCACAAAUUUUCAAUCAUCUACAAAUGAUUAUCGACCGACAGAAUCGACUAUUUGAAGUUACAUCAAAACUUGAAGAAUCUUUUACAUUCUCAAAUUUAUAUUAUUUUCUUGUGGCUUCGAUUAUCAUUUGCUUGUUUGCCUUCAUCGUAUCAACAUCGAAUGACAUAACUCAAGUUAUACUUAUGGGAAGUAUGUGUGUGUCCACAAUUUAUCAGCUAUAUCUACAAUGUAGCUAUGGUCAACUUUUGACAGACGCUAGUGCUGGAUUUAUGGAUGGAAUCUACGAUUGUGGAUGGGAAGAUUUUGAGGACAUAACGUUGAGAAAAAUGAUGAUAUUCAUUAUGAUGAGGACAAGAAAGCCAGCAACUGUGACUUAUAUGAAGUUUGGGAAUUUGACUAAGCAGUUAUUCACAAGUGCAAUAUGGCGAGCAUACUCAUAUUUCACAUUAUGUCAACAGAUUUAUUCUAAAGUUUAA